CUGGGUUUGGUGGCUGCAAAUCUUUCUGACCAAACUUUCAGGAGCCUGCGGUGGCAAAAGCAACUGAAGGGAGGCAGGGUUUAUUUUGGUUCACAGUUGGAGGGAAUUGAAUUCAGCAUGGCAGCUGGUCACACAGUAUCUACAGACAGGAAGCAGAAUGACAUCAAUUCUGGAGUUCACUCGCUCUCCCCUUUCAGCCCAAGACCUCACGUAGUACCCACACUCAGGAUGCUUCUUUCCACUCCAGUUACCCCAAUCUAGACAGUUGCUCACAGACAUCACCAUAGAUUUAUUCUCCAGGUGAUUCUGUGUCCUGUGAAGUUUACCGCCAUGCCCGUGAAGGAAGUCUGGCUGUCUCAGCCGCAAAGUUCAAGGCCUCCUCACCAAAGCCCAGAGAGAGUUUUCAGUGUUCUGUAAUCCUCCAGUGGCAACAUUAAAAUGUGUUCCUGGAGAGCUCUGGGGGUUUUGUGCCAGGAGCCCUUGGCUCAUUCAGCCCCCACAGUUAAGCUGCUUACAGAGACAAGGGUCUCUGCUUAGUCACAGAACAGUUAGAUGGCGUGAGACAGUAUCUACCAUAUUACCCAGAGAAUUGAUUACGGGUUCUAGCUUUGAGUUCAUUUCUAACGACAAACAAGGGAUAAUUUCACUUUAACGUGAAGGACUUCAUUGUCGCACUAAUAUUUAACACCAUGUCAAUCAACUAAUCUAUACAGUGAGACCGACUCAGCUUCGAAUCUGGCUCCCUAUAGCUCCUGGGCUUCCUAGCUUGGAGGCUUAUCUCUAUAUCGCUUUGUUCUUCUCAGCUGGUCACAUCCUUCUCCUCUAGGUCAGAGCAUCCAUAAACCUGACAACGCACAGACCUUUUGGUCACUGAGUGCGCAGAGUUUUGCCACCAGCCUAUUUUCCCUCUCUUGAGCUCAAUAGCUCAGAGCUACCAACCUUUAAAAGCCAGAGCUUGCACCCAUCACUGCACCCCCAGCAGGGAAACCCUGGGGUUGUUCUUAAAUCCAGUCUUCAUCCCACCUACACCCAAUCAACCCUCUGUUUCCCGAAACCUUAUCCACACUCCUGUCAGCACACUGGGGUUGACGGUGGCGGCUUGCUGGGACCAUAACCACCGGUGCCCACCUAGAGCCACCAGCUGCCUUCCUGCCGGCUCUAAACCCCUUUGUCAACACAGCUACCAAGAAAUCCCACUAAUCUGUUGAUCUGAUGAGCCACUCACGGCUUAACCUUUCUGUUUUUGCUGCCUGGAAGCUGAACUCGGGCUCUUUAGCCGGGCAUCUGAGGCCCUUCCUCAGCCUCGGCCACUUAGUCCUGAGCAACAGAAAGCGCUUGUGUCUUUCUGAGGUUCUCUUGAAGCUUCACACACACACACACACACACACACACACACUGCACUCUUUCCUGUUUCCCUCUGCUUGCUCAGGAGGGAGCUCAGGUGCCACCCAACAAGACAGCUUUGCCUGACUGCACUGGCUGAACAUGGUGUUCUCUUGUGCUCACUGCAACCAUGUGUGGCUUAUCUUUGUACCUCUAGUCCUCGGUUCCGAGGUUGGCAAGUUCUCGGUAAAUAUUUGGUGAACCAUCGAAUUAUGUAGUCUCCGAACAGCUGUGAUACGGUGUUUUUAAAUUCAGCAAUGUUUUCCAGACUCCAGUUAGAUAAUAAAUUCUAUUGGAGUUUGAUAACGUGUCUUGUAAUACUCUUAUUUUUACAGAACUGGUUCUCUUUUCUCAAGGUUUUAUGGUUGAGUAUGAUAGGCAGAAUCACAGUCUAUGAGGAUUAGAUAAAGCCUUUCCAUCAUCCUCAUGGAUUAUUCAGUGUGUGUGUUUGUGUGUGUAUUUGUGUGUGUGUGUGUGUGUGUGUGUGUGUGUGUGUGUGUGUGUGUGUGUAGGUAGGUAGGUAAGUAGGUAGUUUCUUAGGUUAAAAUUGUAUUCUCUGCAGCUGGGUGGAGUGGUGUGUGCUUUUCGGACAGGCAGGUCUCUUUGAGUUCAAACCCAGCCUGGUCUACAUACUGAGAUAAUGUCUCAAAAAUUAUUUUUGCUAAAUGCUACUAAAGGACUAAAAGCAAUUGACUGUCUGAGAUCCUCCUGUGCAAUCCAACAUGGUAUUGACUGAGGAUGACUUUGAACAUCUGAUCCUCCUGCCUUUACAUUUCAAAUGCUGAGUUUACGGGCACGUGCCACAAAACGCAGUUUUAUGUGGUACUGGAGAUAGGACCCAGGCUUUGUCCAUUCCAGGCAGGCACACUUCUGACUGAGCUGCAACCCUAGCCCUCAGUCCAUCCUUAAAUAGGAUUUUGAUGCCCCAGACUCAGAAUUAAAUAUAGCUUUGAACAGAGGCCAUUACCUUCAUUAGAAAUGAACACUCUUGGGCACAUCUUAUGCAUACCUCAAGGAUCUGGGAGAGACUCGGGACUUGUUCUCACUGGAGCUGUAGCUCUGACACAUCAGGAGUGGGUUGAAGGGUCUUAUGGCAACAGUAUAUAUGUCUAGCUUACUUGGUAUUGGGGAGAUGAGCAAUCUGGGCAAGACUGGUAACUAUAUUUGAAGUAAAUUUGAAUUAAAGUCACAUUUGCUGGUGAAGAUGCAAAAAGAAAAAGGGGACCAUGUCUGUAUAAAGAAACUACUGAAAAAUCUUAGCAUAGGCCAAGAUACUGAUACUUUGUAACACCGGUUCUGUUUUUAAGCCACAGAAGCUCCAGGAAAGUUUUUAAGUUCCAUCUAUAGGAAAGGUGCCUGAGGUGGGUUUCCUUGCAAAUCUAGACGUGGGAGACUAUUGAAUUGACCUGAUGGUUUGAUUUUCACUUCCCUUAGCAAGUGUGUUACUUGGCUGAGCCCACGUUCAAAGGCUGGGCGGAUUGAUCCCCUGCAAGACACUUGAAGGUUAAGUAACUUCAGAUCUCAGCUAAUCCCACUAAGCUGCUGAUACUAAAUGUCGGCCGGCAUUCCCGGUGCAACAGCUUCUGCAUGCUCUUGGUUUGGACCUUACCUUUUGUUCAGAGAGCCACCUUGGAGCUAUGUGGCUCUUUGCCUGCCUGUGCCUUGUGCUUAGCUUCCUGGGAGGAGUGAAUUGUACCUGCCCUUCUCAGUGCUCCUGUGAAUAUCACGGCAGACACGAAGGCUCAGGAUCAAGGUCGGUGUUGUGUAACGACCUGGAUAUGAAUGAAGUCCCAACAAACCUUCCCGUGGACACCGCGAAGCUCCGUAUAGAGAAGACCGUGGUCCGCAGGAUCCCCGCCGAGGCUUUCUACUACCUGGUGGAGCUGCAGUACCUCUGGCUGACUUACAACUCGGUGGCCAGCAUAGAGACCAGGAGCUUCUACAACCUAAAGCAGCUGCACGAGUUGCGUUUGGAUGGGAAUUCUCUGACCGAGUUCCCGUGGGCGUCUCUGCUGGACAUGCCCCACCUGAGGACGCUGGACUUGCACAAUAACAGAAUAACAAGUGUGACAAAUGAGGCGGUCAGAUAUCUCAGGAACCUUACCUGCUUGGAUUUGUCAAGCAACAGACUAACCACACUGCCACCUGAUUUCCUGGACAGCUGGUCUCAUUUAGCGAUGACACCUUCUAGAAGCCCGGACCUUCCACCGAAAAGAAUUAUUCUUGGUUUACAGGACAACCCUUGGUUCUGUGACUGUCACAUUUCCAAAGUGAUCGAGCUGUCUAAAGUCGCCGACCACGCUGCUGUGCUUCUUGAUCCCCUGAUGGUCUGCAGCGAACCGGAGUACCUCCAAGGAAUCGCGUUUCAGAGGGUGGAGUUGGAAAAGUGUCUGAAGCCAUCCGUGAUGAUGUCGGCCACCAAAAUCACAUCUGCUCUGGGGAGUAAUGUUCUGCUGAGGUGUGACGCCAAAGGCUACCCCACCCCACAGCUGAUGUGGACCCGAUCGGACAGCUCGCCAGUUAACGCUACAGUAAUUCAGGAGUCUCCAGGAGAAGGAGUCAGAUGGUCCAUCUUAAGCUUGACUGGUAUCACGUACAGGGACGCUGGGGAUUACAGCUGUAAAGCCAAAAAUCUGGCAGGGACGUCAGAGGCUGUGGUUACUGUGACAGUUGUCGGUGUUGCUACGACCACCCUAUCACCAGAUACUUCAGAAAGAAGCCCUGGAGAGCACCCUGAACAGAACCAUCCCCAGCCUGGAUUAGGAAGAUCAACCCCUCAGUCUAAGUCCUGGUUAUGGCCAGGACUCUCUUACACUUCUUCCCACCCCACUUCCUCAGCCGCCGCUCUCUCUACAUCUACACUGUCUCCUCCCCCCUCCUCUUUGCCUCCCAUCUUCUCAGCUGCUUCUGCAACCACCAGUGUAAGAACCAGCAUCUCAGGAAGCACCGUCAGGACUAGCCACCGGCCACCCCUGCUCCACCCCGGUGGGAAAAGCAACGCAAAGAUAGAGAAGAACGGAAGGAAGUUUCCUCCACUCAGCGCAAGUAAGAAAGAAGAGUUGGCGUUGAUGGAUCAGGCAGCGCCAAUGGAAACAAACAUCACUAUCAAAGACCUCAGGGUGGCCCGCGAAACCGGCGCGAGUGUGACUCUGACCUGGAGCAGUAGCAGCAGCAGCAGCAGCAGCAGCAGCAGCAGCAGCAGCAGCAGCAGCAGCAGCAGCAGCAGCAGCAGCAUACAGGAGUCUGCUGUGACUGUGCUAUAUUCUAAGUAUGGUGAGAAGGACCUGCUGCUAGUGGAUGCAGACUACGGCAAGAACCAGGCGACCAUAAACGGCCUGGAGCCUGGCAGUCAGUAUGUGGCAUGUGUCUGUCCAAAAGGAGUGGGGCCCCGAGAGGAUCAGUGUAUCACCUUCUCUACCGACAGAGUCGAAGGGCGGGACUCACAGUGGUCAUUGCUCAUCGUGGUGACCAGCUCUGCCUGUGUUAUAGUCGUGCCCCUAAUUUGUUUUUUAUUAUAUAAAGUCUGCAAACUGCAGUGCACGUCAGAUCCUUUCUGGGAAGAUGAUUUGUCAAAAGAGACGUAUAUCCAAUUUGAGACGCUGUCACCCAGGUCACAGAGUAUUGGGGAGCUCUGGACACGGAGGCACAAAGAUGAUGGGGAAAAGUUGCUGCUAUGCUCCCGGUCCAGUGUGGACUCUCAGAUGAAUCUUAAAAGCGAUGGCCAUAGAGCGGAGUAUUACUGCUGAGGUUCGACAGGUGAGGUGAACGUGAACAAAGACUUGUGGGAGCGCAGGCUACCGCGGAUCAUCUGUUGGGUGACUUUUGGACAGAUUUCCGGGCCAUCUGUGAGAAUCGCAAAUGGAGUAUUUUUUUUAUAUAUUUAAAAAAAUUUUAGUUGAGAAACAUCUCAACUAAAACAACAAAUGAUCCCGGUUUUUAUUACAGGAAGGGCGUCUGUAUAAAUAAUUUCCCAGUGGUAUUUAAGAAGCUUGCAAUGAUUUUAACUUUAGGGAAAUCCAGUUCCUUAAAUGAAUUGACAAGGAGAUAUCCGAGAUAGGCAAACUCUGCAUUUAAGAAGAGAGAAUAUUUUGAACAGCGGAAGAACAUGAGCCUAGCCAGCCAAGACUGAUUGGCCCCGAAUGUUCAAAGUGCUUUCGGGUUUGCUGUGGGCAUUUGCCGCCAUUGCCUGGUGUGUGACUGCGAUUCUAAUGAAGUUUGUAUCUAGAAAUAGUUUUUUCCCCUCUCAUCAUUUGCAGUUAGAUAUCAUUCAAAUUUAGUACAAAAAAGAUCAUAACAAACAACAUUUUCUAUAGAAUUAGUGGUUUUAGACUGUAUGGGUCUCAUAAUGUG